UUCUCUAGGCUGGGGAUUUCGAGUCAUGCAGUUUGCCUGAAAUCAGUAACAAGAGGACCAGCUUCCCUGCAAUUGGUUAGGCCUGUUUGUUUUUUUCUUCCUUCCUUCCUCUUCUUUUUGUAGCUUUCGGCUUGGCUAAGUAGACCACCAUGACCAUCAGACGCAUAGAUCAAGGGCAGCGUUACAGGCCAAGAAUGGCAUUCCUGAAAAAGCUGGAAGUUCUGUUGGUGGAGAUGCAGGACCCAAGUUCUGGCAUCAAAACGCAUGCUCAGAAGGUCACGGUCGUCGAUAUCCCGCAUGCAAUGACUGGUUCUGAUAUGCUGCAGUGGCUUAUGCAGCGCCUGCAGAUUACCGACGAAGAGGCACUCAAUUUGGGAAGUAUGAUUAUCAGGUACGGCUACAUCUAUCCUCUUCAGGAUUCGAAGAAUCUGAAUCUCAGACCAGACAGCAGCCUCUACAGGUUUCAGACACCGUAUUUUUGGCCGACCCAGCAGUGGGCAGCAGAUGAUACAGACUAUGCCAUCUACCUAGCCAAGAAAAAUAUCAAAAGGAAAGGAGUUUUAGAAGAAUACGAAAAGGAAAAUUAUAACACGCUGCACAAAAAAAUCAACCACAAAUGGGACUUCGUUGUUAUGCAGGCCCAGGAACAGUAUAGGACAGGAAAAGAACGAAAGAAGGAAGAUCGAUAUGCUCUGGACUGUCAGGAGAAAGCCUAUUGGCUAGUGCACCGAACAGCUCCAGGGAUGCAGGACACACUUGACUAUGGCUUAGAUCGAGUAACUGAUCCCUGUGAAAAUACGAAAAAAACCAUGGAUGUUUACAGGAGAGAGAUCAUGUACUACCAGCAGGCCAUAAUGAAAACCACAGUAAAGUCCUCUGUCUCCCUGGGAGGAAUUGUGAAGUACUGUGAACAGUUCCGCUCCAAUGACUGCAUAAUCUCAGGUUGCCUCCCCAGCAACCCCUGGAUCUCAGAUGAGGUUGACUUUUGGGAUUACAAUGCAAAGCUGGUGGAAAUCCCCACCAAAUCACGAGUGGAGAGAUGGGCCUUCAAUUUUAGCGAGCUGAUGAGGGACCCCAAAGGCCGCCAGAACUUCCAGCUGUUCCUGAAGAAAGAGUUCAGCGGGGAGAAUCUGGGAUUUUGGGAAGCUUGUGAAGAUCUGAAGUAUGGAGACCAAUCCAAGGUGAAAGAAAAAGCAGAAGAAAUUUACAAGACCUUCUUGGCACCUGGAGCAAGGCGCUGGAUCAAUAUUGACGGCACCACUAUGGGCAUCACAGUCAGAGGCCUCAAACACCCUCAUCGCUAUGUCUUAGAUGCUGCACAGACUCACAUUUAUAUGCUGAUGAAGAAGGAUUCGUUCGGUCGCUAUUUAAAGUCUCCGAUAUACAAGGAAAUACUGUCCAAGGCAAUUGUGCCGCAAGAAGCCGCCGUGAAGAAAAGCUCUAAUAAUCCGUUUGCUCGCCGGCACCUCCGCUCCAGCCCCAGCCCCGUCGUCUUGAGGCAACAGGAGGAAGAAGCCAAGGCGAAAGAAGCAGCGGCCAACGUGGACAUCACCCAGUUGUGCCAAUUCACUGCUCCUGUUCCCCAUCUGGCCAUUUACAGUGGUACCUCUGACUCUCCGUCUACGUCCAAUGCUUUCUCUUCCUCACGCCGUGUGCCUAGUGAUCGUUCUCUCCAGUGCCCUGGGCGCAUUACUCUACCAAACAGCGCUAGCUCCUCCUCUGUUAAGGUAGCCCCAGACAGCACCUCUGUCACAGGCAGGAACUGGGAUGGGCCUAGCUCUAACUCCGCCCCUUCCUUCAUGGAAAGCACUGAGAUCACCAUGGAUUCUGAGCUGGAGCCCUGCCGCAGCUCCCAGUACCCUAUGAGCUCUAAGACCAAGCUGCUGCCCAAGCCCCAGAUGUCCUCAUCCCUCGGCAGGUUCCUCAAACUGGGAUGCUUGAACUCUCCAAUGUUUGCAACGUUCUCACCCAAGUGCCCUGGAGUGACUCAUGGGAAAGUGCAACCACUCGAUGGUCUGAACCCACAACUGCAACAGAGGUCCAAAAAAGUGUCCAACUUCUUCCAGAUAAAAAUGGAAAUACCUCUGGAGAGCAAGGUCUACCCAAUAGAUUCGGAGGAGGAAGAAGAGGGCAGCCACUGGGCUUGCAAGGAUUCUGCAAAUGAAGUUAUCUGCCCAUGGGAGAAUCUGAUAGAAGAUGGAAAAGCUGGAUAAAAAGAAGCCUUUGACGCUAUUUGGAUAUUUUUAAAUGGUUAAUUUUUUAUCCUGCUCCUGAAUUGGCAGGUAUAAUUUCCGACAGUUCGACUGAUUUCAUAAUGCUGUUAAAAGGAGUGCAAUGGAAUAAAGAAUGAGAAUAAUCCACAUGGAUUGCAGAGCAAGAACCCAGAUACAUAUUUAUUUCAAAAUUCAGAAAUUUAAGGAUGGCCUUUUUUUUGGCAGUUCAGUGCCUUCACUUCCUGGUUUCUUUUAUGUAACUCUUAACUACAUCAAGUGUAUUUAGGAAACUCUCCUGCUUUGUUAGCCUUUCAGAACUAUUGCAUUUGUAUUUAUUAUGCCUGUGCCCUGCUCUUCCUUUGGAAGGUCAGAUUUACGUAUAUCUCCUACAGAUCUCCUAACCAGGUACUGAUUAGGUUGACAUUUGCUUGGCUUCAACAAUGCUAUAGCACCAGGUACUCUUCAGGCCCGAUAUCUAACUCUGAGUUAGACUCAAAUCUUGGAGCGGAAAAUAUAUGUUUGAUACAACAUCAUUUUCAUUUAUCAGAUAAAUAUGACAUUUUUUCGUUGAACUUUAAUUGCCCUUCACAAAAUCCUUUGCAAACAUCUGUGAAGGGAAGAUUGAUAUUUCCUUAUCAGGAACUUCUACUGCAAUUGAUGUAGCUAAAUUGACACAUUUUUCUUCUUUUUUGUUGUUUCAUAUUGAAUGUUAUUUGCUAAAUCCACAUGACUCUUGGUGAUGAUGAAGGUUGCCUUCUGAUAAACGGCUUGUAGCUUCUGAGUGAAAUCAGACUCAGGUUCUGGACAAUCCUAUGUCUGGGUAAUCAUAAAGCUGAUGAAAUAUUGGUAGCAGGGUCCUGCCUUUUCAUGUUGCUCCAGCCUUGCAACAUAGUCCAUAUUUCAGCGAAGCCAAAGACUUGACACGACUAAUUGGAAGUCUGUUGUCUGUUCUUACUUUUAAUCCCUUAGAGAACAGAGAACUUUCAACUGCAAUAUUAUUCAUCUUUUUAUCUUGUUGCAUUCUCAACAGUUUUGUAAAGGUAAGUCACCAUCACUCCUGUUUUAUAUAUAAAUAACAGCUGAAGGGAAUGACUUUGUCCGAAGCCACACAGACAGACACAGGGCAUCCCUGUCUUUGUCCAGCUGUCCACACGCUGAACCGUUCUGGAUCUCAUCUGCACCGAUUUAUCUGCCUGAGAUGCCUGCAAUAACUUCAUGUUUGUGAUAAUCUUAUGGUUGACCAGAGUCCUCAUUUCAUGCUAACAUGCCCUGUGGAACGCCCUCCCACCAGAUGUCAAAAACAACUACAGUGGUACUUCGGGUUACAUACGCUUCAGGUUA